GGCUCCUCCCCUGUCUCCCUGCAGCUCCGCCCCUUGCUCACUCCAUAGCUGCCCUCUUCUCAGGACCUGAACUACUCCUGCCUAGAGCAGAUCUCUGGCUCCUCCUCUCGGCAGCCCCAAGCCCCCGCCCCUGCGCUCCGCGGCCUUCUCAGCCCCGCGCUUCGCAGACCCGGCCGUCUGUCAAUCUUAGCUUCCAUUCAUCGCCCUUGCACACCUCCCUCCUUCCCCACUCCCUCCGCCCCUCCCCGGCCGCUGUCCUCUAGCCUCAUUGGCCUGUUUAUCUCCCCAGUAACCAGAUCACAACAGUGUGCUUGCAGCACCCAGGACAGGUCAGGCACUGGAGCAGGAACUGAGACUCAGAGAGAGGCUAGAGUGAUUAUGUGUGGCUCCACUCCCUUGCCUGUCCGGUCUGAAGGCUCCGAAUCUUCACCUACAGGACACCGCUUUCUUUGGCCGCGAUGCCUUUGGGACUCUCUGCAAGGAGCACCCUCUCCGAGGAGGGCAGCGAGGUCCUCCUGGAGAGCCUGGAUUGGGAGCUGAGCAGACUGCAGCGACGGUACAAGGUCAUGGAGAUGGAGAGGCAAGCCUACAGCAAGGAAGUCCACCAGCGCAUCAAAAAGCAGCUUGAGGAGAUCCGGCACCUGGAGCAGGUGCGGGCCGAUCUCCAGACGAAGAUCACCGUGGCUCAGAGCCAGGUGAAGCGGCUUCGGGAUGUCGAGCGGCUGGAGAACAUGGGCCGCCUGCUCAAGUGCAGGGCUCAGGUGCAGGCGGAGAUGGAGGAGCUGCAGCAGCAGACUCGGGCUCUGGACAAGCAGAUCCAGGAGUGGGAGACCCGGAUCUUCACCCAGAGCAAGAACACCCUGGCUCCAGGGGUCAUCAGGGAUCACAAGGCCAAGAUCCGACGCAGGAUCAAGAUCCUGGAGGACCAGCUGGAUAGGGUCACCUGUCGCUUUGAUGUCCAGCUGGUGCGCAAUGCGGCCCUGCGGGAGGAGCUGGACCUGCUGCGCAUUGAGAGGGGCCGCUACCUGAACGUCGACCGCAAGUUGAAGAAGGAGAUCUCCCUCCUGCAGCAGAUGGUCAGCACCCUCAUUGCCUCCUCCACCUCGGCCUAUGCUGUCAGGGAGGAGGCAAAGGCCAAGAUGGGUGUGCUGCGGGAGCGGGCAGAGAAGGAGGUGGCGCAGAGUGACGCGGAGGCGAAGAUAUUGCAGCGGCAGGUGUUGCACCUGGAGCAGCUGCAUCGAUUCCUGAAGCUCAAGAACAACGAGCGGCAGCCGGAUCCCGAUGUCCUGCAGAAGGGCGAGCAGCGGGCCAAAGAGGUGGCGGAAGGCCUCCGAAAGACCUCUCAGGAGAAGAUGGUGCUGCGAUACGAGGACGCCCUGAAUAAACUGUCCCAGCUGACGGGUGAGAGCGACCCCGACCAGCUGGUGCAGAAGUACCUAGAAAUCGAGGAGCGCAACUUCGCCGAGUUUAACUUCAUCAACGAGCAGAAUUCUGAGCUGCAUUUCCUCGGGGAAGAGAUCCAAGAGAUACAGGAGGCCUUGUCCCAGGAACGCUUGCGUGCGGAGAACCCGCACCUGGGCGAGGAGGAGCACCUUGCCCUGCAGCAGCUUGUGGACACUGUGCGCACGGAGGCCGAGCAGAUCGAGGCCCGGUGCCAGAGCCUGCGGGAGAUGCUGGAGAAGCUCAAGGCCGACAUCCAGCUGCUCUUCACCAAGGCCCAUUGUGACAGCAGGAUCAUCGAUGACCUCCUUGGGGUCAAGGGCCACUCGCGGGAUCAGGACAUAGGUCUCUUCCUGGGCAUCAUUGAGAAGCGGCUGGUGGAGCUCCUGACCGUGCAGGCCUUCUUGGACAUGCAGAACCAGUCUUCAGAGGCUGAUGCUGCACUCCUCGUGCUGGGCCAGAGCCUGGAAGAUCCUCUAAAGAAAAUGGACACACUGAAGCCUCCUGACAAUCUAGAGGACCCUCCUGGCUUCACGGCAAAAGACAGCUACCCCAUGAGCAGGGAGGAGCUACUGCGUGUCGUGAUGAAGUCGGUGGAGCUCCUGGAGCUGGGUCAGGAACAGAACCAGAAGGAGCUGUUGGAGGCUGCGAGGAAGCUGGAUGGCACUGUGAGCCCUGGCUUCUCUGGCACCCGGGCCCUUGGCAUGAGCCCUGUCCUGGGGCCUGCCAGGAAGAGCAGUGGGGUUCCUGGGUCCAUCCUGAGUCACAGGACUAGCAAAAGCCAUGGCACUGGCUCUGUUGGCCACGUCACUUUUGGAAUUCCCAGUUUUAGCACAAAUCAGCUGUUCAAAUCUGGCUCCUUUGAGUCCAACCUGGCCUCCAGUUCCAAGGGCUCUGGUGGCCACCUGGGGUCCACUAGCCCUGGAGGUGGCACAGAGAGUAGAGGCAGAGAGUCUGCUUCCUUCAAUAAGGACUCCCAGGGCAAUGAGUAGAGGCGCCUUGCUCUGCCUGGCCCUCAGCAGGCUUUCUCUGUGUCUCUGCCUCGCUCUUUGCCUUGGGACGCUCUGCCUCUCUCUCCCAGCUGAGGCCUCUGCUUCUCUGUCCCUCUACCUCUUUUCAUCUGCUUGUCCUCGUUGCCGGCCUCCUAGGCCUAAUCCUCUGCUAUCCCUGCUCCUCCUCUGCAUCCCCGUAUCUGGCUCCUCUCCUCACCUCUACUGCCCGGCUCUCCCAGCAUCUGGUGUCCCCACAUCUGCAGUUCCUUGGUCCUUACCCUCCAAGGCCCCCAUAUUGACCAGGUGAGCUGUGACCAUGGGAGGUAAAGGACAGAGCUGGAUGUUUACCCAAGCCUGGUUACAAACCAAACCUAAGCAGAUAAUGUGUCACCUACCUUUCAAACUUUGAGGCUUAUUCCCUUCAAACUGGUGAGUGAGCAGGCUCGAGACAUGGCUACUGCCUCUACCUCGAGCCCAGGGGAAAAUCUGGCGCUUGUGCUCUGCCAUUCAAUCAUUCCUCUUUCAAGACUUCCACAUUUUGAGCUCUGGUGGGAGCUGCAUAGACAGGACAGGCUGGGCUAUGCUGCAGUGACAAACAGCCUUAGAAUCAGUGGCCCUAAUGUAGCAAAGAUUUCUUUCCCCAUUGUGGGUCACCCGAGAAGCCUGCUCCAUGUCAUCUGUGUGCUCCUGGCCAGUGGGACAGUCUCUGUCUGGAGAGGUGCUGGUCCUUUGGGCCUGUGAAAAGAUGGGAAAAUGGCAGAGCUUUUAGAGCAUCGAACUGGGUGUGACUUGGCCACCUUUAUUCACGCUCAGCCGUGGAAGGUCCCUUGGCUGUGCCUCGGCUCAAAGGGUGGUGGGGCCAGGGAGAGCAGCCUUUCUGGGAGGAGGGAAAGGAGGGGAUAUUUGUAGGCAUCCUAAUGCCAGCUGGGGGGUCACAGAGGCAAAGCUGGCCUUGCUCUUGUCCUUGGGGUUGGGAGGGGGCUUAGAACACGUGGAUGACUCCUGUGGGAAGCUGAGUCAUGCCAAACGCCCUCCCAAAUCUUAAUCCAAACAGAGAAUCGACCUACCCUUCUAACUCAGGAAGGUAGUGCUUCCAGUCUCAUUCCCCUCAGGAUGAGUGAUAACUACAUACCUUAAAGGAAGUUUUGUUUUUUGUGUGAGAAUAAAAUGAGUUGAUAACAGA